AUGGAAUUGAAAAAUCAAACAUUUUUGCAAAUAUUAGCAUUGCUGCUAUUAUUGCUGCAAACGGCAGCGCCCAAUAAACUCACUGAAAAUCUGCAGAAGGAACUGCAGAAAAGCAAUGAAAUAAAGUUCCAAUUAAAGCAAUUCUUUUACAAAGUGGAUCGCGAAAGUCGAUUUGACAGCUGUGUCCUCAUGGGACGCGAGGAUAACAUUAAGGAUACUUUGGUUGCUGAAGUUUUGCAAAAAGAUAUGGGAAAAACGCUUCUCAGUUAUUCAUUUCCACAUUCCUUUUGCAAUUCAUGCAUCAAGUUAAACAAAAACUUUCUUGUUUUCAUAUUUUGGCGUUAUGGAGAUGAGGAGAAAUAUGGAAAGUAUUUAUCGAUGGUCUUGGAGUAUAAAAGGCAAAACCGAAUUAUUCUAUUGGCUCCGGAAUCGUUAUCGAACCUUUAUGCCGGUAUUGUGGCGAGACAUAUGUUUGCGGCAUGUCCCAAAUUCAAAAUGAUUAACGUGGUUAUUUUGUUGGGAAAUUACUAUGAAACAAAGCUGUUUUACGCUUUUGAAAUGUUUCCUCAUGUGGAAAUGGUAAAGAAAAGCUUUAGCCACGAUGCUGAAACGGUUCAAAUUUUUCCCAAUAAAUUCUUGAAUUUGCAUGGCCAUAAAAUAAGAACUUUUCCCGAUCAAAUGAUACCACGUUCGGUGGUGUAUCGCGAUCAAAAAGGUCUGCCCCGAAUCAAAGGUUAUUUGGUGAGUUUCUUGGAAACAUUUGCAAAGUCGAUUAAUGGUUCCUUGUGGUGGCCGAUGUAUAUUAAAGACGAUAAGCCUGUGUUCUAUCAGAACAUUUUCGAUAUGGCUAAAACUGAUAGUUUUGAUAUACCCGCAGCAUUGGUGCCAGCUCUAUAUGCCAACAGUUCGAAAAUCAUGUCGCAUUCCUACGAACGUACCACUGAAGAGUUUCAAGGAUCUACAGGCAAAUAA